UGACCAUUCGUUGUACGUGCAUUCGAUCAGUCUAUUCAAUUGUCUAAAUUUCUGCUCCAUUUCUGUGAUACUUCAAAAAUGGGAAGAUUUUCUACUUCCGUUGAUUAUGGAAAAUGCAUUAUCGUCACCGUCGUAAUUGUGGCGUGCUGUGGUGGUACGGUACUUGGAAGUUUACGCAAACUUGCUUACGAAGGGAACUGUGUCCAACCCGCAGGGAAAUUGGCGAGCAACUUGGACUUGAAUUGGAUCACAACCAUCCCGAAGCUUCAUAUCAACUACGGGUCUUUGCAAUAUUGGGUACAAAAUGCACAAGCCUGCCUCGGGAUGGAACCCCUGACCCUCGCCGUCCUCUCCAACAUGGACCUCAAAACCAAGUGGGACCUCAACACCACGAUGACCUGCUUCGGACGAUCAAUUUCACAGGAAUGUUCCCUCAACAAGAACAAUGGAAAUCCCUUCGCGAGCUGCACCGUAACUUCGAGUGAUCCAGGAACAAAUGCUAAAAUCUUGUCCGACUACAAGAAACGUGUCGUUCUCACGGAUAACAAAACUUUCGCCCUCUUUGUGAGAUGCACCAACAACUUGCGGUCCUACUACAUUGCCUCCCCAUUCCCCACCAUCAGCCAGGUCGCCAUUCUUCAGAGUGUCUACAAGGUCAUGGAACUGGGCUUCGACGUCGCCCUCUUUACCAAAAUCUCCUCCCAUGAUUGCGACUAAAAUGAGUAUUUGGGUUGUGCAAUCAAUUAAUUUCAGCCAUCAUGAAAUUUGUAUUGUCCACUUAAUAAUUUCGUUUUGAUUCUCCAUUAAAAAUACCUACGUCACUUCAUAUGGAUAUAUUUUUCAAUAUGUUUUGAAUAAAUUAGGAACAACACGGCUCUAUCGUGUCGAGUUGAUUAGCUAA